ACACACUGUAUAGAUCGUUAGAUUUGAAGUAAUUUUUUUAAAUUUUUAAAAAUUACAGUAGACAUUGUAGGACUAGAUCAGACAAAUUGAUGACAUUAAGUUCAACUUUAGUCUUAAAAUCGGUUGAGAUGUAGGCAUCACGAAUAUUGUUUAGCAAUUAGACUUAUUUAGAAGGAUCACUUGCAAGUUUCUCUACUUACAGUAAUAAUUUUGUGGCUGAUUAUUAGUUGGUUUAUGUUGUGUAAUAUUUAUGUAAUUCGAAUUUUCACCUCAUUCACACUUACUCGACAAUCUCCUUAUCAUCCUAAAACACGCCAAUCAAAAACUAAAUCGUGUUAGAAGCUAACUCUGCCUCUAAAAAGCUGCUAAUCAGGAAAAAAGAAACAGUUCCCAUUUUUCAUUUAACUAUUCAUUUUUGUUUAUAUUAAUCUUUUCCCCUUCCUAUGACUAGCCGGUCGCAAAUACUCUGCCUCUAUUAUACUCUUUCCCUUUUCCCCUUAAAAAAAAAACAGAGCAGGCGAAUCUCAAACAGUAAAUCACAACGGGGGAGAAAAAAACAUGAAGAAGUGCGAGCUCUGCGAUUCUCCGGCGAGAAUGUACUGCGAAUCCGAUCAAGCGAGCCUCUGCUGGGACUGCGACGGCAAAGUCCACGGCGCCAAUUUCCUCGUCGCGAAGCACACCCGAACCCUCCUCUGCCACGAGUGCCAGAGCCCGACUCCCUGGACCGGGUCCGGAUCCCGGCUCGCUCCGACGAUAUCUCUCUGCGAAGGCUGCGCCGCCACUAAUGAUUCAACUUCCAGCAGAAACGGCGGCGAAGGCAGAGACCGAGACGGCGAUUCAGACGACGGAGGUUCAGGGGAUUCUGAUGAAGACGAGAAUGAAGAUGGUGACGAUGACGACGACGACGACGAGGAUGAUGGCGGCGGCGGGGAUGGAGAUGACGGAGAAAAUCAAGUGGUUCCGUGGUCGUCGACGGCGCCGCCGGAGAACACGACGGCGUCGGGUUUGGUGGGCUGCUCGAAAGUCCGAAGCUUUUGGGGUUCUUAGGUGAUUGGGAGGUGGGAACUAAGUUGUGAAAUCUUUGAAUGUCGAUUAGGUGCUCAAAAAUGUAGGAUGAAAAUGGUUGCAGGUAGGUAUGAAUAAAGAUUAUCAGUCGCCCUAAUUUUGGGUUUCGAUCAUGCUUCCUUCUUGUGCUCGUGUAUAAGGUUUUGGAUGGUAAAUUUAGAUGUCUAUGAUCGCUAAGUAUGUUGAGCUUAUGAAUUUUAUGUGGGUAAAUGCCACAUUACUAAAUUGUGUCAUGUUUAGUUACUAGAAAAAAUUAAUAUCAAUUUUGAUCACUCGAAUUACUAAAACAGGUUACAUUUA